AUGUGUACUAGUGACAGCAUUUUUAAAAAUCUGCGACAAAAGCUAGAUGUAAUGGGCUAUAAUCAAACGUUGCCUUUGGCGGCUGUACCAAUUGUUGGUGCUGUGUUUGAAGAUUUAGUAAAAACGACGGAGAGUUUAAGGGAUUCUAAAAAGCAAUUAAUCGAAUUAUUGGAGGAAAAAUCAUCUUGGGAACUAGGUGUUGAGCCGUAUAAGUGUGAUAAUUCACGUUUGUUGACAGAAUGCAAUCAAUUACAUUUACAGUUAAUUCGACAAAAGGAAGGUUACGAGGAACAAAUAAAUGAACUUCAUAAAAAAAAUCGAGAAUUAGAAACCGAUAAAUCGCAUUUGCAUAAGCAGUGUCAACAAUUGCAAAAUCAACUCGGUUCAAUACAAUCCAAAACAAAUAUUGGGGUUGUGAAGAGUGGCGCGAGAGUAGAUAAAGGUAAAAAACCUUUUAUUACUGCUGUACGAAGUGGUGAUAUGUUUUCGUCUGCAGUAAAUCUCUUACAAGAUCACAAUAUCGAUUUGCGGUGUACUAAAUGUAAUGCUGGUUUUUAUCACAGACAUGACGGUGCUACGCAAACAAAAUCAUUAGAGAAGGAUGCAGAUAAAUGGGAAAACGCGAAACUAGAAUUAAUGGAGAAUAUCAAAUUUUAUAGAAACAAAAUUGAAGCUCGCGAACGUGAGAUUUUACGGUUAAAUGAACUGCUUUCUGGAGGGCGUGCGCCUAACAUUUUGGCCCGCGAGUGUUGUUAUAAAAAUGUUGGUAGCCUUAAUGAAGACAUAGAUUUAUUGCAACGUGAAAAAUUGGAGAGUUUAGCGCGUAUCCGUGAAUAUCAGCAUCAAAUGCAUGAAGCUAUGCGAAGAGCUUUAAAUUUGGAAAAAUUCAAUAGAGAAUUGCAAAAACGAUUAGACGAAUUAAAGGAUGCCGCUUUGUCUGUGGAAACGCAAGCGAAUAAUGAGAUAACUCAAAAGGAAAUGGAAAUUGAGCAAUUAAAGCAACAACUACAACGCUUACUUAAUAAAAUCAAAGUGCAGAAUGAAAAGUGUAAAGAAAAUCAAAAAGAUGAAAAAUUGCAAAGAAGUAAUCAGAGCAAAGAGGUGCAAGUGUCCGUACAAAUGGAGAAACAUCGUUUCAAUGAGAAAUUAAACGAAUUGACGCAAAAAGAGUCCGAGCUAAGAACUGAGAAUGAUCGUUUAGUUAAGAAACUGACUAAAUUAAAAAACAAAUUGCAAGCCUCACAUAAGGAAAUUGAAGAUUUGCAGUUACGGCACUCUCAACAUUUAGAUGAAGAUAAGAUACGUUUAAAGUCCGAAAGGGAUUUUUUUCAAAAAGAGUAUUUACGUGUUCUUAAUAAGGUAGGAUCAGAGAAAGAAAUCGAUUUUCUGCAAUCGCAAAUCAAAUCAAAAGAUGAAGAACUACGCGUACUAAGAUCUGAAAUGUCUUUAAAAGAAAGUCAAGCGUUGGUUCCGUGUGUGAAAGGUAAUAUUGAUUUUGACAACUUACCCACCUCGCUGCCAUCUUCAGCUAGGUCAGGCGCCUCUACAGGCAGUAGUGAUUGUGUACAGGCGGUAAUUUUAAGAGCUGAACGUGAGCGUGAUUGCGCUCGUAACGAUUUAGAAAGAGUGCGUUGUGAACGCGAUACUUUAAAAGAAAAAAUUCUUAGUAUGACAAAAAUGCACGAUGAGCAAAUACAAAAAGUUCAAUGUCGAAAUGAGGAACUAAAUCGUAAGCUUCACCAAGCGGAAAGAGAAAAUCGUGACUUAAUUUCAGCGCAUAAACCCAGUGAAAUUCAGAUUAUUCUAUUAAAAGAAGAGAUGGAUACUUAUAAACAACAGAACAAUAAAUUAAGAGAGGAAAACAGUAAAUUACAAAGCACAUACAAUAGCUUAAAGCUUCUACACGAGCAAACCGAACGUUCAUUAAGCGAUAGUCAAAAUAAAUUAACAUUAAGCGAAAGCCAAUUAGAAUCGGCCCAAGCCCGUUUAAAUGCCGUAGACUCGAACCGUGAAUCUUCGCAGCAAGAGGCCAUACAAUUACGUACAGAGGUAGCGGCCUUAAAACAAACUUAUGUUGCUUUGGAACGAGAGAAGGAUAAAAUUUUAACUCAACUCGAUCUUAAGACUGAAAAAGCUUAUCAAUUAGAAUAUGAAUUGAAAGCCAGCAAAGAAAAACGUAAUCACUUGGAAAAACAAGUACAUGACUUUGAGCAACAGCUAAGCAAACUUACUACUCAGACACAUGAACGUGAUUCAGAAUUAAACGAGAAUUCAACUGAAAGUAAGAGUUUACGUGAACAGAUUGCUGCCUUGAAAAUCAGCCGAGAACAAGCCAUAAUGGAAAAUGCACACCUAAUGAAUAAUUUAGCGGAGAGCCAAGCCGAAAUAACAACCUUGAAAAAGCUAUUAAAAGAUUCUGAAGGGGAAAUAAUGCGUUUAAAGCAACAAUUACGUCAAUAUGUGCAAGAAAUUAAAAAGGCCGAAGAUCUUUUGAUGCAUAAGGAAAAAGAACGCGAAGAAAUGUUGGAACACUAUCGGAGUCUGUCACAUGAUGCAGUUAUGCUGGAAGGCAGCAAUCAGAGUCUUGAAAAUGAAGCAGCGGAAUGCAGACGCCAGUUAAAUGAAUUGGAAAGUGAAAUUCAUAUUCUAAAGAAAGAAUUGUGCUCUCGCAAUAGUUUAAUAACUGAAUUAGAGGAUAAGCUGACCUCACAGCAAGUGCAUAAUACAUGCUUGAAACAAAAAUUGGAAGAAUCGUUGGAUGAGCAACGUCUAUUGGAAACCGAUUUAACCGCACGCAAAGAGUUGUGUAAAAAAUUGGAUAUAGAGAAAGAUAAGCUAAAUGCUGAGCUAAACGAAUUAAACGAUGUACGGAAAAAUUUGGAAGCAGAAAAUGAGAAGUUAAGACUAGAGAUCGAAAGGACUGAGAAAAAUAAAAGAAUAUCAUCCGAGACGUUGGAGGAACUAUUGAGUAAAACCCGUCAUGACUUGGAGGAACAAAUCAAAAUGGAUAGUAAAUUAAGUCAGGAAUUAUUGCGUUUGAAAGAAAGAAAUGAAGAAUUAUUGAUGGAACUUGAUGUCGAACGACAGAAACGGCAACAGCAUGAGACUUUAAUGCGCGAAUAUCGAAUACAAAAUCAGGAGUUACGUCAUACCCUUACCGAUGAUCGUUUUCAUCAGGCCCGUUCUCGCGAGCAAAGUCCACGCUUUCAUACGAAAACCUUGUGACAUGGAAAAAUAAUAAUUUUCUGUUUAACUAUAGUUGCUU